AAUUCCGGAAGACAGGUAAGGGCGUGGCGACAGUCCAGGUGUCCAGUGUGUUCAUAUACAGUCUGUUAAUAUUUCAGACGAAAUAAGAAAUGGCUUUGACCCAAGAGGCGAUUUUAAACACUCUUUUAGAAGGCAAAGGAAAGGUAAAAAACUCAGAGUUGCUGAACAAGUUCAAAGAGCCACUGAACUGCAGUGAUCCAGUGGAGAAGAAACACAACCGAGAUCUCUUCAAAACCUUUGUGAACAACAUUGCAGUCGUGAAAGAAUUCCAGGACGCAAAGUAUAUCGUCCUUAAGAAAGUGUACAAUCAUUUACUGCAAGAAGCCUCAAACGAUGAAAACGCACCAAGAGAAGAUUGCGGUAAAGAUGGAUCGCACCCAGAAGAAGAUGAGAAGGAGGAAUCCACUCAUUCCCACAAUGCAGAAGAAGGUAGGAAGUCUGAACAGAACGCAGUGAGCAGAUCUCCGUCGAAGGCUUUAGACCGAAGCGCAGAACGCUCUCCAAUAGAGAUAACAUUGGAAAGAAGCAAGAAUGUGGACUUUAAACCUAAACAGUCUUUACAUUUCACCGUCCCGCUGAAGCCUGAUCUUGAUUUCUCAAGAGCCGCCAAGAAAGAAGCAAGCAAACCUUGUGCACUACCUUUACGAAUGCCCCAAAUAGACUUGGGUCGUCAUAACAAGAAGCCUUCCACUGAGAGCUUGGGAGAAGAUCUUCAGCCCUCGCCUCAGUGUAAGAGGAGAACAGACAGCGUGGUCAGCGCUGGAGCUUCACCGCAGUCACAGAGACACUUCAAGACCCCUAAACAAGCGGAUGAGCCCAAGGACUCGCACCAUUUCCAACUUGAUCCCAUGGAGCACAAGUGGCUGGUGAAGUCUGCGGCUGGACAGUGGAAUCAAGUAUACGGCAUGCUGUUAAAAGACACCCAGCUUGCAGAGAAGAAGGACUUCAUGUCUGGGUUCACGGCUCUACACUGGGCGGUCAAGUGUGGAAACCUUGACAUGGUGUGUAGGAUCAUUGAGGUGUCUAGAAAGAGCGAUCAUGGGGUGGAUGUCAAUGGAAAGUCCAAUGGUGGCUACACACCGCUUCACAUCGCUGCCAUCCAUGAUCAACGCUCUCUGAUUGACCUUCUAGUCCGUAUAUUCGGUGCCAAUAGGAACAUAAGAGACAACUGCGGUAAGAAACCCUACCACUACCUGCGCAACGGGGUCUCCAGAGAGCUGAGGGAGCUUCUCGGAGACCCGAAAGCGGCCCACCCGGAGGUGCAUCAUCAGGCCAGGGAUGAGUGUGAUGCACGGAGACACUCUAUAGGUCACCUGUUCCUCGCUCAUCCGGUGGGGCUCAAGAAAAAGAACAAGGCGAGAAACCAGUUCAUCUCGGUCGGUGACGACGGCAGAGAGAGAGGGAUGAGCCAGUGAUGCAGAAACCGAGGCUGCUAUCCGAGGUCUUCCCAUAACUGAGACCAAAUGUGGAUUAUGAGUUUGAUUUGGAGACAAUAUUUUGUGACCCUGGAGCACAAAAACAGUCAUAAGUAGCAAUAGAUGACAAUUCAAUGGUAUGGGUUAAAAUUUUUUGGGGGAUUUUUCUUUUGCGCCAAAAAUAAUAAGGAUAUUAAGUAAAGACCGUGCUCCAAUGAAGGUAUUUUGUACAUUUUUCUACCGUAAAUAUAUAAAAACUUAAUUUUUGAUUAGUGAUAUGCAUUGCUAAGAAUUCAUUUCAUUUCAACUCAUUUUUUUUUUUUGCAUACUCAGAUUCAAGAUUUUCAAACAGUUGCAUCUCAGCCAAAUAUUGCCCUUCUAACACACUAUCAAUGUAAAAGAAAUAAAAAAAUAAUAAUAAUAAAAAGCCCCUUAUGACUGGUUUUGUGAUGCAGGGUCACAUUUCGUGAUCUAAAUGAAUCAGCCUUCAUCUGAGAUUCUAGAAGAAUUAUGGACUUCCAAAGACUUCUUUUAAAGUUAAUUUUUAAUAUGAACGACAAUUAUAACCUGCCGAUCAAAAUGUUUUUAAAAUAAAUGAAUACUUUAAUUUUCAGCAGGAACACUUUAAGUUGAUCAGUAAAGAUAUGUAUCCUACAAAAGAUUUCUGUUUCAUGUAAAUGUUGUAUUUUUAGACUUUCUGUUCAUUGAAGAAUCCUAAAACUGUUUGUCAACUUUGAUAAUAAUCAGAAAUGUUACUUGAACAGCAAAUCAUCAUAUCAGAAUGAUUUCUGAAGAUCAUGUGACACUGAAGACUGGAGUCAUGAUGCUGAAAAUACAGCUGUCAAUGUCAUUUCACGAUAUAUACACAUAGAUUUUUUUUUUUAAUUAGAGUAAUAUUUCCCAAUAUUACUGUAUUUUUAAUCAACUAAAUGCAGAAAAAUACUUCAGAAACAUUGAAAAGCUCACCAAAUUGUUGUGCACUAUACAGUAUGUGAAUCCGAUUUAAAUGUAGCAAUUACUGAUGAUUAUAAAUCAUGAGGUUAUUAUGAAGGCUAUUAGUAUUAGGGUGUAGGGAUCAUAACCCAAUUGGGAGCGUCCUAAUUGUUAUUUUCUGGCUGUUUAAGCGUCACAUGUUUGCACACGUUCACUUAGGUGUUGUGUCAAACUGGGCAAAAUUUUAGAGAAUAUUUUUGCAAUUAAUGUAGAACACAUUCAGGUCAUGAUUUAUACUGAUCAACAUGCUCAUUUUUACUCAAUAAUAAUGUUCAUACCAUCCCUAAACAAUAAAUACAUUUUCUCAUUCAAAAAAUGUCUUUAUAUACAAAGAGGAAUGAUUGCACUUUUAUGUCCUGUAUAUAUGAGAGAUUGUUUCUUGAGCCAGCGAUGACUAAGAACAGAUUCAGACUCACGUGAGCUGGUUAGAUGCGGUUAGUUUUGCUGACCAUGUGUGCUUGCUUUUAGAGGUCAGCCUUGCAUUGCUGAUCUGAGAUCAGUAGUGGUUAAUAAAGAAAGCCACAGUUUAGAUUGAGGAAAGGAAACCGGAGCUGGGGGUUUAAGCCAGCAUGGGCCCUCGUGGAUGACAAGAGACUGUGAACGGUUUCGCUUACAGCUGCAUCUCUUCUCGUUCCCACGAUGCAGUGGAUAAAAAACCUCUGGAGUCAGAGACCUUGUGCCCUUGAGACGGGUCACAUGUUCCUCCCGGCGCAUUCAUCAGAGGAGAAUAAAAUGCCAGGCUUUACUCUCAGAACAUCACUGUAUUGCUACAGCCGAGAGCUUAAAGAUGGAUGACCUUUGAGAACUUAUAUAUAUAUAUUGGUGGCCAAAAUGAUUAUAACAUUAGUAUAUCCAGGAGCUAAGAAUAGUUUUAAGUCAGUUAUUUCCAUCUGUGUUAGUAGGAAAUAUCAGUUUACAUUUCCAAACAUUCACUUUGACAUUAAUUGUAAUAAUUCAGUGAGAUUUCUG